AUGACGCUUAAAAGUGUUUUCAUCGCGAGCUUCCUUCUUGUUUUCGCCCUUGGCGCAUCCUUGAACCGUUUAGGAGAAUACGGCACCUACGUCAAUCCAAAUCCACGCAAGCCGUCCUCGAAAUGCGACCCCAAAGACUUGGCCAAAUUGUCCACUUGCUGCAACGACGUAUUGUCGAAAUUGGACGAGUGCAAGCCAGAUGACCUCGCUUGCGAAUGCUGCGCGUUGCAGAGCAUCGACCAAGAGUGUUACCAACUCUGUCCCGGCAACCCCAACACCAACUUUCUCGCUGUCUUGCUUCUGGAUUGUUCGCAAAUGAGCGAGAUCAACGCAUGCGCCAUCCCCUUCAAAAAGGAGGAUCCAGAGCCACCGAGACGAAGCAUCACCAAAGUCGACGAGGACGACCCGAGACUAGCGGAUGACGCCGUGGACGCCUCCUUGCAGAGCAGGGUGUAUAGCGGCAACUCGCUCACCGACAGACCUUUCAAGAGCAAAAAGAUUAAAUUGACCCUCAAUGAAGCAGAGGACGAUGCUGGGGGUGCUGACGGCGCUGAUGAUAAUAUAUUUACCGACACACAUGAAAACUCCUCCGCGACUCGACCUACUCAACUGCUCGUGCCUGCGCCCGAAAACUACUCCAACAUCUCAAACAGCUCGUAUCAAAACCUUUCCUCCUUUAUUCAAGCGGGAUCGGCUCCACUUGAGAGCUCCAACUUGCAAUUGUGGAUAUUCUUGCUGAUGGCCAUUGCAUUUUACUUAUUUUGCUAG